AUGUCCAUGUGGAGCAAAGCUGCAGCAACCAAACGCUCGAGAGAUUCGGCUACUACGUCUAGCGACUCACAAUCUCCUGACGUUAUUGUGAUACCAAUGAAGAUAUCAGUAGAUACAAAAAACAAACUCAAGGAUGCGGUUGCCAUCUUCAUUCCGUUUUCCAUAGCCGAAACCGCCAUGUACGUUGUCAAAACCAUCUGUUUUCUCUCCAACGUGGCCAUUGAGAUUGCCUCCAAUCAGGAUUGUUUCAGAUUUUGGUAUUUCUACGCUGGAUGCGUUAUCAAAGAUGGUCGUGUCACUUAUUCUGGACCUACAAUGAUAUCCAUAAGGAGUGGUAAACAUGACAAAAGCAGUGCUGCCACUCAUGUUGCAGACUUUAACACGUUAGUUAGGCUGGACACUUUCAAGAAUGUAGCAUGUACUAAUGCUGGAGUACUGAAGCCUAUAGUUAUUAUAACUGUUGAUGGAGGCCCAGAUGAAAAUCCACGCUAUCCAAAAACAUUGUGCGCUGCUUAUAAACUAUUUACAGAACAUGAUGUUGAUGCAUUAUUCAUUGCCAGCCAUGCACCAGGUCACAGUGCAUAUAAUGCAGUAGAGCGACGCAUGGCUCCACUAUCUCACGAUCUGUUUGGCCUCAUUCUUCCCUACGACUGUUUUGGAUCUCAUUUGGACACUAAUGGUAAAACAAUAGAUCCGGAACUGGAAAAGCUGUGUCAGUCUUCAAGCACCCAAGUGCUAAAUGGUGUUGGAAUCAUGUACAACAGUCACACACCAAUACCUUUUGUUAAUAACGAGGCAGGUGUCAUAGCUGCAGCUAUUGGGAGUGGGAGUGGUGUUUUUGGAUCAUUGUUUCAAAGCCUUGCACUAAAUAGUCUGGAACCUUGUCACAAUUAUCCCAGCUUACCUUUCGACCUAAAUUGUCCAUCUUUGGCUGGGAAGAUUCAUAAACGAAUGUGUUUUUGUGGUAAAUAUUUUCCAUCUUUGGCUAAUAUGAAAGGUCACAAAGUCGUCCAUGAAAACAAUUCUUUCAUUGAUCAAGAUAAUGAGGAAGAAUCAAUUGAAGAUUUCAAUAAGAAACAUAACUCAACUGACGUCUCAACAACAGAUGUGAUCAUGAUAAGAAAUUUAUUUGAUUGGCUUCAAUCGGAUUUUCAAUAUUAA